AUGACUCUGAGUGUCUCAGUCCGACACACGACUGCAGCUUUGCUGGAUUUGGACUAAAACACCCUGCAUGUGACUGUCACUGCUGCUUCACACCGGGCUGAUGAGAAAAUGAAACGCUGAAGCAAGAACCAGCAAAAACCAGCAGCCUCUCCAUGGUGGUAUCAUCCAGACGCUGCUCCAGGUGCUCUGGUCCACACAUGAGGAGGUGGUGUUAUGCCUCUGGUUAAGAGAAAUGUUGAACCUCGGCUCCUGGGCCACGGUGCAGUGCCCGAGGGAAUUGGCAACGAGCUGGAAUGUGUUACAAACAACACGCUGUCCGCCAUCAUCCGCCAGCUCAGCAGUCUGAGCAAACAUGCAGAAAAUGUUUUUGGGGAGCUUUUUAAUGAAGCCAACACCUUCUACGUGCGUGCAAACUCCCUACAGAACCGCAUCGACCGCCUGGCUGUCAAAGUUACCCAGCUGGACUCCAGCGUGGAGGAGGUCUCUCUUCAGGAUAUAAACAUGAGGAAGGCGUUCAAAAGCUCUACUGUGCAGGAUCAGCAGGUUUUGUCUAAGGGCAGCGUGCCAAACUCUGUGGCUGACAUGUACAACAGCAGUGACAGGCCUCCUCCCCUCAGUGCUCUCACUGUCUUCAGAGAGGAUUCCAUUGACGCGAUGAAAUUCUACUCAGACCCGUUGUACUUCUUUGUCCUGUGGAAGGAGAAAAUGCUUCAGGACACUGAGGAGAAAAGGAAAGAAAGGAGGAGGCAAAGGGAACAGAAGCGGUGUGUGGGGUGCAGCACCCUUCAGCGUGAGGUCAAGAAGGUGAGAAAGGCUCGAAACCGAAGGCAAGAGUGGAACAUGAUGUCAUUGGACAGAGAGCUUCGUCCAGAUCAUCGCCAUCCACAGACCCUGCGGCGAGGAGCUUCCUCAGAGAGCUGCCUCUCUCCUGACGCCAGGCCUGACCUCCUGAACUUCCCCGUCCCUCCACUUCCUGCCCACGCUACAUAUAACUAUGCCAAGUCUUGUGAUUACCUGCCGUCGCCACCUGCGGAACAUGAAUAUCACAGCAUCGAUGUCACCUACAAGAGAGUGACCUAUGCCACAGCCGAGUCUCGUGAUGCAGACCGAGUGAGCGGUUCAGCGCACCCACCCACGGAUCACAACUGUGUGCCUCCACCUCCGGCUUCCGCUCCACCCAUACCAUCAGCACAGACAGCCUUUGGUUUCCCUCUGCCGCCAGCGCCACAUAAUGGAGUCACGCAUGUAGGGCAAGGCUACAUGUUACCACCUGUCUCUCCUCCAGGACCUUGCAUGAUCCCUGCUCCACCAGGUCCACCGCCUCCACCUCUCCCUCCCCCAGCUGCACCCUCACACCUCCCGGGACACAGUAAAGUUAGCAGAGCUGAGACUAAACCUGUGAGAGAUGCAAGAAGUGACCUGCUCUCUGCCAUUCGUAUGGGUAUCCAGCUGAAGAAAGUGCAGGAGCAGCAGAACAAGCGGGAGCCACUGGUGAACGACGUAGCCACGAUCCUAUCUCGACGCAUCGCUGUGGACUACAGUGAUUCUGAUGAAGACUCUGAGCUGGAUGACAACCAGUGGUCAGACUAAUCAAACACACAGGAAAAGGUUUAGUGCAACUAAACUGUGAAAAUUGCUUAUUUUUGCCGCGGUGAACUCAACUCUGACCUCUGCUGCCAGUCUAAAGCACUUCAUGUAAUAAUAUUUUGUACAGAACAACAGGUUUAGUACACUUAUAAAAACGUGUUGUGUUAUAGAUAAAAGUAUAGUUUUCUACUACAAAUGAAAUGCUACACUUAUUGUAACUCUUUUUCAACUAUGACAUAUAAAACACACCAGCUAUAAAAAAAAUUAAAAAAGAAAUCUGUAUAUUUAAUAAUUUUAUGGUAUAAAGAAAAUUUUGGACUCUCAAUUAUUUUACACAUCACUUCCUC